AUGGAGACACCCACGCACGCGCCCCGGUCACUUCUGCGCCCGUCCUUGACGCCGACCAAGCUUCUGAGCCCGCGCAUGCUGCCCAGCUUCCAGCGCUUCCUCGACACAUCCAGUCCCGUCUGGAGUCCGAAGCUUAACCCGUUCUUGAACCCGCUCGAGCCCACGUGCAAGUCGUUUGCGGGCGAGCGCUGUGCCCGCCUCGGCUGCACGCGCUUUGCGAAAAUCUCGCAGCUCUGCCUCCAACACGUCCGCGAGAUUAUGACACCGAGAACUCUCUCGCGGGCGCAAUCGCCAACUGCGUCCGAGAAGGCCAAGCACGUUAACCGCCGCUGCAAGCACGAGGCCUGCGAAAAGUACGCGCUCGCGGGUGGCUACUGCAUUGGUCACGGCGGCGGCAAGCGUUGCCAAGAAGCCAACUGUCAUACGAUCGCGCAAAGCGGCGGCUACUGCAAGUUCCAUGGCGGUGGCACCCGCUGCCGCGAAGACGGCUGCACGCGCAUCGCGAAACGCAAGGGCGUCUGCAAGGAGCACGGCGGCCGCCACCUUUGCAAGGUUGACGGCUGCCAAAAGUGCGCCCACAAGAGCGGGCUCUGCGUCGCCCACGGCGGCGGCCGCAAGUGCUCGGUCGACGGCUGCACCAAGAUCGCCCAAGGCAAAGGCAUCUGCUACACGCACGGCGGCGGCAAGCGCUGCGCUGUCGAGAGCUGCAACCACGCGGCGCGCCGCGGCGGCUUUUGCAUUACGCACACGAACCGCAGCACGCCUGCCAACUAA